UCGACCAGCCAGCCCUGCAUCAAUCACUGCUCCUCUGAAAGGUGCCUGCACACGCUUUUGUAGAGAUGCUGCGAAAGCUACUGCUCUGCAUGGCAGGCUUCGGCCUGUGCCUCAGCCAAGAGCUCAAACCCGGUGCCUGCCCAGAGUUCACCCCCAAGACUGACUUCGAGGUGACGCCAUAUGUUGGCAGGUGGGAGGAGAUAGCACGCUUCCCCACCAAGUACGAGGAGGGGCAGCUGUGCAACUACGCCGAAUACGGAGACAACGGGGACGGCACGGUGUCGGUGCACAACGCCGGGCUGGAGGCCAACGGGACCUUCACGGAAAUUUUCGGCUACGCGGAGCUGACCGACGUGCCCGGCUCCCUCGCCCUGUACCUGGACGGAGUCCCUUUCGCGGGUAGCUACAACGUGCUGGGGACAGACUACGUCACCUACACCUCCGUCUAUUCCUGUCUGGACGUCCUCGGGGGCCGCCACAUAGACCAGGCGUGGGUGCUGGCGCGCCACUUGCUAACGGACCAAGAGCUGGAAGUCGCCUUUAGCAACUUCAUCCGGUGGGGCAUCGAUAUCAGCAGCUUUGAGUUGACCAAUCAGCUCAACUGUAUCAAUCUGCCCUAACUGACCCCUCCUCUCAUUCCCCAACUUUCUCUCUCUCUCUCUCUCUCUCUCUCUCUCUCUCUCUCUCUCUCUCUCUCUCUCUCUCUCUCUCUCUCUCUCUCUCUCUCUCUCUCUCUCUCUCUCUCUCUCUCUCUCUCUCUCUCUCUCUCUCUCUAUAUAUAUAUAUAUAUAUAUAUAUAUAUAUAUAUAUA